AGGGGGGCUACGGAGCAGUCGCAGCGAAAGCGGCCGAAGGAUGCUCGUCUUUCAGAAAUUCUCUUGAGAACCAAACUAUGGACUCUAACCUGCGACCCUCCUGCUCCUCUCCCCCCAGCAUGCGGUGACUGAGGUGUAAAGGCGCAGUGUGUCCGGUGGCGGCAGCAGGCAUCUAGCUUAGAUGAAGGAUGAAGAGCCCAGUGCACAGAUGCAGGGAUGUAGAGCACGCGCGUGGGCAGGCCGGGGAUGGGGCAGGAAUCAACUGCCUACAGACUGAACAACGCAUCCCUAUCUCCAAAGACGUUAUCACUUCCUCCUCGGCCUCCGCCAUGUGGUUCAUCAGGGACGCCUGCGGCAUCGUGUGUGCCAUCAUCACCUGGAUGCUGGUGUUGUAUGCUGAGUUUGUAGUGCUGUUUGUAAUGCUGCUGCCCUCCAAGAAUCUGACAUACAGCAUUGUGAAUGGGACCCUGUUCAACAUUCUAGCCUUCCUUGCUCUCGCCUCGCACCUCAGGGCCAUGUGCACUGACCCUGGGGCAGUUCCAAAAGGGAAUGCUACUAAGGAAUACAUAGAAAGCCUUCAGCUGAAACCAGGGCAGGUGGUAUACAAAUGUCCCAAGUGCUGCAGCAUCAAGCCUGACCGAGCACACCACUGCAGUGUUUGCAAACGCUGCAUACGGAAGAUGGACCACCACUGCCCCUGGGUCAAUAACUGUGUUGGGGAGAACAAUCAAAAGUACUUUGUGCUUUUCACAAUGUACAUUGCACUCAUCUCUCUUCACGCUCUCGUCAUGGUGGUCUUCCAUUUCCUCUACUGCUUUGAAGAUGAUUGGACAAAGUGCAGUUCCUUCUCCCCCCCAGCAACAGUCAUCCUCCUUAUACUCCUGUGCUUUGAGGGUCUCCUCUUCCUCAUCUUCACCUCUGUGAUGUUCGGCACCCAAGUCCACUCCAUCUGUACCGACGAGACUGGUAUAGAGCAGUUGAAAAAGGAAGAGAGAAGAUGGGCUAAAAAAACUAAGUGGAUGAACAUGAGGGCGGUAUUUGGACACCCUUUCUCCUUAUUGUGGUUUAGUCCCUUCUCCACCCCUGACCAUGGGAAGGCUGAGACAUACCAGUAUGUGGUGUAAGAGCUCAGCACAGGGAACGAGGCAGCCGGGUCAAAACCAAAGUGCGAGGCCCAGCCCAGCCCAGCUGAGCAGAGCUAUGGCGUUCUGUUGCUCCCAAUGCUGAACAUGAACUCUAUCUCCCACUCUAGCCAUGGACAGCUUUUCAUCUGCUUUUUGUGUUGCCAAACUAAGUGCGCUCUGCGUCAUUUUUGUGUUGCCUUGAGUGAGUCAAGUUGCUGAGAAAAAGAAACACUUUGAGUUUGUGAAUCCUGUUUGCAAACACUGUGACGAGUCUGUUUUGUUUUUUUCUGAUAUACUUCUCUUUCUGUUGUAUCCGAAGCCUUCUUUUUUUACUUACUGUCUUUUCUUGCUUUCCCUUCAAGGGUUAUUUCAACUAAAUUACAAAAAGAAAUCAUAUUUUAUCACCUUUCCCCUGGUAGUGUGUGGUCAUGCAGUAGUUAACAGUUCAUUCAGAAAGUUUUCAGACCACUUAAUUUUUCCCUCAUCAAUCUUAACUCAAUACCUCAUACUGACAAAAUGAAAACAGAAUUUUAGAUAAUUUUGCAAAUUUAUUAAAAAGGAAAAACUGAUUCAGUAUUCAGACCUCCCAUUUCUCUGGAUCAUCUCUGAGAUGUUUCUACACCUUGAUUGGAGUCCACAUGUGGUAAACUCAGCUGAUUGGACAUUACACAUCUGUCUAUAUCAGGUCUCACAGCUGACAAUGCCGCUCAGAGCAGAAACCAUGAGGAGGGAAGAUCCUGUGUGGAGAUGGAGAAACUUCCAGAAGGACGACCAUCACUGCAGCAGUCCACCAAUCUGGGCUUUAUGGUUGUUCCAUUUAAGAAUGAUGGAGGCCACUGUGAUCUUGUGAACCUUCAAUGCAGUACAUCUUUUUGUAGCCUUCCCCUAUAUCUGAGCCUCGACACAAUCAUGUGUCUGAGCUCUGCUGGCAGUUUCUUAAACCUCAUGGCUUUGUUUUUGCUCUGAUCUGCAUUGUCAGCUGUGAGACUUUGUAUAGACAGUUGUGUGCCUUUCAAAGUCACGUCCAAUCAGAGAAACGGGUGUCAAAGCAAAGGGUCUGAAUACUUAUGUCAAUGUGAUAUUUCAGUUAUUCCUACUUAAUUCAUUUGCAAAAGCUUCUAAAAUUCAGUUUUCACUUUGUCAUUAUGGGGUAUCCAGUGUAGACUGAUUAGGGAAAAAAAAUUAUUUUUAUUUUAGCACAAUGGAAAAUAAUGGAAUUUCCCUUUUAGGGCUGCAAUUUAUGAUUAUUUUCGUUGUAGAUUAAUCUCCCAAUCUUUUUUGUUUUUUCUUUUUACUUCCAUGGAAGACUAAAAAAGCAUCAAAUAAUAUCCAGUAACCAGGGCAUUGUUUCUGGAAAUAGAAGUUGCUGUUAAAUUUUUCAGAUGUCAUUUUUCAAAGCUCCGAAGCACCACAAACAAGAUACAACUAGAGGUAAGUAGUAAAAUGUGUUUUUGUAAUUUGGGUGAUUUGACCUUUAAAUCUUCUUGCCAGAAGUGUUUCAAACAUGGACGAUAUAAACCUUUUAAAUUGGUCCUAUCUAGAAUGAAAAUAAGGAUUGGUUAGGGUUAGAUUCAGAGUACUAGUCUCUACAAUCAGAGACCUUGUGGGAGCCAUUCUGUAAAAGGCCGAUCCUUUUAAAAGCUACCAAAUACAUCACAUAAAGGAACAGUUUGCAUAUUAUUGUGGAUAUUGUGGAUUUUUGGUUGAUUAUCAUUGUGAAAAUAUCUUAAAUACACCCAGUUUGGCAAAAAAGUUACUUUUCUGCUAAAAGUCAAGUCCUGGCUUGUUUCACCCCUUCUUCCAAUAAGGGAUGCACCAAUCCCACUUUUUCUCUCCUGAUAGCAAUUCUGAUUCUCAACUCAAAGUAUCUGCCGAUACAGAUUCCCAAUUAAAAUCAGUGAUUUUACACCAGAGUUGACACCCCACUGUGACUGAAUGAAUAGGUCAUAGGUGACUAACAUCCCUGAUUCUGAUGUUGUGCAUCAGAUUGAUGCAUCAUUACUUAGAAUACCCAGUGUUUAUUGUAAAUUUGUAAAUACUGAGAUAUGACCCUACCAACCCUCACAUUCCAGGCUCUGAAGUAUCACUCAAAGAAAACUACUUACAAGUCCAAACUGUUGUUGGAGGGGAGAGAUUUCUUUUUCUGUAAUUUUUGGGGCAAAACAAGCCAGGAGGUUUGUUUGUUCCAUCAAACAGACUCAAAUUGUCAGCUUGCUUUGGUCUUGGCAAGUUUUGCUGAAUCAUUCUUAUAGUGCUCAUUGAGAAAAUGAAAUGGUUUCAGUCAGUACAAAUGUAAACUUCAACAAGGUUGUUAGGAUGUUGUUGACAGGCUGUCAGCAACUAUAUUUUAACAUAGAGGGCAUUCAGGGAGUAGUCAGACUUUUUCACAUUUUGUUAUGUUGUAACUUCAAGAUGAAAUCAUUUAAAUCUUUCCCUCAUCACUCUACACACAAUACCCCAUAAAGACAAACAGGGAUAAACAUAAAUAUUCUUAAGCACUGGCCGAGUGGGCCACCAGGCCCCUAAAUUUGGUGGCCAAAUUUAAUUUUUGAUGACCAAAUGUAAACUUGUAAACUCUGUGUGAACUGUGAACUCUCUCACAGUAGGGCUAGGGUUUUCGCCAAGCGGCAACCUUUGGGGCUGAAAGAUGAAGCCAACAUGGAAGUAAAUUACCAAAAAUUGCAGUUCUCCGAGUGGCCGCUCAGGUCGCUCCAAAAGCGAGUCAGUCCCCAUAGACUCCCAUGUUAAAAUGCCCAACUUUACAACAGAAUUAAACAUGUUUACAGCCUGGUACAAAAACAGUUUUGGUCACUUUCUCUUUCUCUAAUUUCCUCCAUGAUAAGUGUACACAUUUUUAUAUAAUUCACUCGUUUAAAUUUUAAGUUUAAGUUCUGCAUGAUUGACAACAUGCUGCUUUGAGUGACGGUUGAACUUAUGCUUGCCACAAGUCGGCAUGUACCAAAGUCUCUGCACCACAUACGCCCCAUCCUCUUUGCCCCUUUUUGGGUUCGGCGGAGUCGGGUACUGGCAAGAUGGCGACGACAGAAUGCCCCACUCUGUGCUUCAAAACCCGCUCUGCAGAAACCUAUGGGUGACGUCAUGGAGACUACGUCUAUCUUUAUUUACAGUAUAUGGUUUCCGUACAUCCCACAAAUAUCCCUCUGCCUCGCACACACUCCUUCCCUCCAUCCUGGAAAAUCAGUGCAUGGGCCCCAUACGUGAACAGUUGGUGCUGUGCUAGUACUUUUCUUGGUUCUUUGUCCAGUCGCAAGAGUUGAAAACCUGGUCAGCUACAAGCAAGUCUUAAUGAAAAUGUCCAACGGCAGUCUGAGGAAUGUCUCCAUGCUCUGAAGAACUUUCUCUUGUAUUCAGCCUUACGUCCUCACGGCUAACCAGUUACACCCCCUGGAAAACUCCCCCCUGAGACUCUUUGGAAAAUGCAUCGGGGUGUGGGCCUUACACCUCUUCUUCCAUUCACUCCUGACUCUUUGCUGCCAUUUCGUUUUUUCAUAGUCCAAAUUUUGUGUUUCAGGUUGUUCUGUAAUGGCGUGAGCAGUUUGAGUAGGAUAGUAAACCCAUACUUCAGUAGUUCCAACAUAUCGGUAUCUACUAGCUUGCCCUCGAGGAGCACAGGACUCGUGCAGUACUGUUGUGCUAACAGUGACUGUUGUUAAUUAUUAAUCAGAGUUCCAUAUUUUGAGACUAUAUCAAUAUUGGCUGUCCUUCCCUGCAUAGGGUGGUGGCUUGAGGAUAACUCAAUUAUUCAUUUAGGUUAUUGUUAAAUAUUUAGUUGACUUCUGAUAAUAAUUGAUAAGCUGAGGUCUUCGGUCUUGAGCGCUCUGGACCAGGUUUUCAUUUGUAUUUUGCUCCAUUCAGCUUUCCCUCAACCCUGACCAGACUCCUUGUCCCUGCUGCUGAAACCCCCCAAUCUUGUUUCUCUCAGUCUCAGAGUCCUUAAGCUGCUUUUUAGCAAAGUGACUUUCAUGUGUCUUUUACUGAGGAGAGGCUUCUGUCUGGCCAUAAAGCCCAGAUCAGUGGAGAGCUGCAGUCAUGGUUGUCCCUCUCGAAGUUUCACCCAUUUCAACACAGGAUCUCUGGAGGUCGGACUAUCGGGUUCCGUUCUCCAUGAUUGGUCAGUUUGGCCAGGUGGCCGGCUCUUGGAACAGUCCUGGUUGUUCCAAAGUUCUUCCAUUUACAAUGAUGGAGGCUACUGUGCUCUUAGGAACUGCAACGCAGCAGAAGGUUUUUUUUGUAGCCUUCCCCAGACCUGAGCCUCGACAAAGUCCUAUCUCUGGGCUCUGCAUCAGUUCCUCAACCUCAUGGUUUCUGCUCUGAUCUGCAUUGUCAGCUGUGAGACCUCAUAUUUACAGGUCUAUGUCUUUCCACUCCAGACAAUUGAAUUUGGAUUGGAUGUGAUUGUGACUCCAAUUAAAGUGUAGAAACAUCCUCAAUGAAGAUCAAGAGAAAUGGGAGGCACCUGAGCUGAAUUUGUGUCAUAGUGACGGGUCUAAAUACUUAUGUCAGUGUGAUACUUGAGUUUUUCCUUUUUUUGUAUCACUUAUCUUCAUUGAUUCUUAACAUUGUACAUCACGUUUCUAGAGUGGUUUGGAUAUCUUUCAGGGUUUUCCUUGAAACAACUUUUCCCUCCUUCCCUCCCUCCCAACCCCUCGCCAAUGAACUGACAGCCAUCAGCUUUUAUUACGACAAGAUUAUUGGUUUACAAAAUGAUAAUACAUUACAUAUAAACAUAUAUCAGCUUGUAUAUGUGAGUAAUUACAUACCUGUUAAUCAAAAUAAAUAAAUAGAAUUUUUUUUUAUAAAAAUUGAAAAUCAUAGUCUUAUUAAAUUAAAAUUUAAGGAAUUAGGUAGCAAUGAAUCCCAUAUUUUAUGAAAAAUGACUUUUUUGUUUGAUCAUGUAUGUGAACCUUUCAAUUGGUAUGCAAGAAGAAAGUUCAUUGAUCCAAAGACUGCAAAAAUGGUCCACACUUUUCCAAUGUAUUGCAAUAAGAAGUUUCACUUGUAAUAGGCAGAGAUUUACCAACUUACUUCCAUGAGUUCUUAUGGACAAUGCUUUUGGAAUAAGUCCAAGAAUACAAAUCUCUGGGAGUACAGGGGUCUUUGUGUGGAUUUUGUUGGAAAUUGUGUUACUUAUUAUAAAUAUGUUAAAUAUUUUAAUUAUUUCUUUCCAAAAAUUCUGUGUAUAUGUGACCCUCCACAUGCAGUGGAAUAGAUAAUAUUCAGAGUUUUUCCUUUUUAAUAAAUUUGCAAAAAUGUCUAAGAUUCUGUUAUCAGUUUGUCAUUAUGGGGUAUUGCGUUAAGAUUGAUGAGGGAAAAAACAAAUUUAAACGAUUUUAGCUCAAGGCCGCAAAAUAAAAUGUGAAAAAUGUGAAGGGGUCUGAACACUUUCUGUCUGAACACUGUGUUUUUGUGGAAAGGUUCGGCCUCCCGCAGUAACACCAACGCUCCCUCCGUCUGUGUGCAUGAUCAGUUGCCAGUGAAACAGGUCUUGUGCUCCGAGCACAUGUGGUGUUUUGAUGUUGUGAGCGUGCGACAAAUUUAAUGAACGAUGAACUGCUCAAAGAAGGACUCUGACUCGAAAACUGUCUCUGCUGGAGAAAACAUCUUAAAUCCCAUGUGGAGUUAAAGGGCAGCGCUGUAUAAAAUGUAUUUCUCCUGCAUACAGGCAGCAGCUGGGUAUUAGCUGGACUGUAUUUCUGAACUCUUCCAGAUUCUUCCAGAACUCUUUGAGGCAUUUAACAAAGUAUUAACUCAACUUUCACCAUAACCACUUACAAAAUACACACAUUGUAUUUAUCAUUUAAGAGUUUCUCCUGUGUGAACUGCUCUCUGUUCUGCAGUGUGCAUUUUAUUCUUCUAUUCUUUGUUUACAUGAUAUUGUAUGUAUCCUUCUUGGUAUGUGAAUGCAUGGUACAGAUGAAGGCUAGUUUAGUAAUGUAUGUGAAACACUGCUGGUAUGACUGUGCAGAGUGAAGGUGGAGAUGAUUUGUUUUGUUUUUUUACAGAAGUCUUUCUAAAUAUUCUGAAGAUAUUUCAGCAGAGAAUAAAUACUUCUCAGUUGCAAUGCAAAA